AUGGAAUACAGAUAUAUUACUGGUGUGCUACCAGAAGAGAAAGCUCGUGAAAUACUCCAAAAUGGUCUGCCUGGGAAAAAAGGAAGAGAACAGAAAAUGUUAGAGUACAGAUAUCUGGCUUAUUCAGGAUCCUGUUCCUGGCUGGGCUACUCAGACCAGCAGCUAAAACAGAGUAGGAUGAAGCUUACUCACAAGGGAGCAAAAGUAACAAGGAAGAUCUUUCUCAAAAACUGGGAAAUAGAGGAAGCAAUAGAGUGGGUCACUGAACCAGCUGAGUUUAAACCCUCAUGUAUUAAGCAGCCAACUUUUCCAGAUGAGGAUAUGCAUAUCCAGAUGGAACAUGCAACUGUUCCAAAGCUUGGAGGUUUAGUAUUUUAUUUCAGUAAUACUACAGUGACUCCAGUCAUUGAUCUUAACCGCCACAACAGAGUGAUAUUUAAACAUCUUCUACAAGCCAAGGCCUUGAGUUAUCUCCAAAUUGACAGCUGCAGGCUGGAAAGUGUGAAUGAAAGCUUGUCUGUACUGCUGAUGUAUGAAUUUGGGGGCCUCUGUCAAUUAAUCCAGCACUUGAUAAUGUUUGAUAUCCAAGUACGUGAAAUGCUUGAAAACAGGUAUUCCUGUCCUGGAUAA